UUUUUGGUCGUCCGCCAAAAAUAUUUUCGUCUUUCAAAAACUCUCUCUCUCUCUCUCCCUGACUCUGAGGUUGUUCUUCGUCAAUGGCGACGGCGGGAUCAUCAAGCUACAGUGUCCCAACAGAUCAUCAAGUUCCUUCAUCUCUCGUGAAUCCAGGGAACGGUGUUUGUAUGAUGAGCAAGGCGUGGAAAGAGGAACAACAACCUUCGCUCAUCAGUUUCGUAUCUUCGUUUCUUCGCUCUAACUCCUUCCGUCUUAAAUUUGUCUCUAUUUCACCUGAUCUGAUCUUCAACUGUGGGGGUGUUUCUGUUGCUUUCGUUUUUGUGACCAAGUGGGAUUGUUCCAAUGUUGCCUCCAUCUUCAGCAGAGUAAAGAGGCUGAAAGGACAAUUUUCGCAACUUUAUGUUGUUGCCACACUUUCAACUAAAGAGCAGAGUGAUUCUUUCAUGCGAUAUUACUUCGAAUAUGAGAUGGAGUUUGGGAAACCUGCAUUUAUACAAGUCAUUGAUGCUGAGAUGGGAUUCGAGAAGAUUGUUAAGAUUGCUCACUCUCGUGGGGCGUGUAAGCAGCAGAAGGUGGCGUCUAUACUCAAGGUUGAGAGAAAGCGAACAGUGCAGGAUACAGACAUUUUCAUCAGAGUUGUAACAUCAAUACCCAACAUUAACAAACAUGAUGCAAACACGCUAUACCAAGCUAUAGGUUCAAUCGAAGCAAUCGCUAAAGCAUCCAAAGAAGACAUUUUAGCAAACACAGAUCUCUCCUCUGAAAAGGCCGAGACACUCACCAGGUUUUUCCAAGAUCCCCAGUUCUACCUCACCCCCAAAUUCAACUGAUGAUGACUGCAGAAACAGUUUUUCGAAAGGUACCACUCAAAGACUCUCUUCGUAGUCCUUUGCUAUGGCUAUAAUAAUAAACACAGCUAUAGGAGUCAGUACCAGGUAAGUAUAACGACUCACUUCUUUACCUUUGCUAGCUGUAUCUGAAUAACAGUACUUUACUUACAUUUGUUCCGGUUAAAGUGUUUAGAUGAUGUUUAGUAUCUGAACUUAAUCAAUAAAGAUGGGUACCAAUACUUUUGAUA